GGGGGAGUGUUACGUCGUACUAGUCUAAGCCCCCAUUGAGAAGAUCUCAAAUCUCUGCAAUUUCAACUUCGGAUAAAGAAGAAGAAGAAGAAGAGAUCGUCGAAUUCGGCGACGAUUCUCCAUUCCUUCAGGGUCUUCUGGGUGCGAUUGAAGAUUGACGAUUGAAGAUAUUUUCUUCAUUUCGAACGGGUUGAGAUUUUUUAGUCUGUUCAGUUCAAGGCAUUCAAAAUUCAGCGACCAGUUUCUGGGGUUGACCUGCCCCUAAGCGGGGAGUCUAACCCUUUUUCUGUCGCGAGGAGAGUGAAUUCCUUUCAUGCUGUUGCAAUGGACGACGAUAUGGAAAGUGGUAGCUUGGGGGCAUACCAAGAAAAAAGGGCUUUUCCUAACAUGCGUAAUAAACCUUACACUCCAUUGGUUUUUCGACUUCUGUUGCUGAUAAAUACCAGAGUUCUUCUUACAAUCCUGUUCCUAUGCUUGGGAGCUGUUUUUUAUAUAGGAGCGAGUGCAUCUCCCAUAAUUGUGUUUGUAUUUACUAUUUGUAUGUUCAGCGUACUGCUGUCUAUUUAUCUUACUAAGUGGGUCCUCUCCAAAGAUGAGGGGCCUCCUGAGAUGACACAGAUAUCAGAUGCAAUACGUGAUGGUGCUGAAGGUUUCUUCAGAACCCAAUAUGGGACUAUCUCCAAGAUGGCCGUAUUGCUAGCACUUGUAAUCCUUGCUAUAUACCUGUUCCGUGAUACAACCCCUCAGCAAGAGUCCUCUGGCAUAGGGAGAACAACUACUGCAUAUAUCACUGUAGCUUCUUUCCUUCUUGGGGCUGUGUGUUCAGGAAUUGCUGGUUAUGUUGGGAUGUGGGUAUCAGUUCGUGCAAAUGUACGAGUCUCAAGUGCUGCAAGACGAUCUGCAAGAGAGGCGUUACAGAUAGCUGUUAGAGCAGGUGGCUUAUCAGCCUUGGUAGUGGUUGGUUUGGCUGUAUUUGGUGUUGCCGUCUUGUAUGCAGUGUUUUAUGUCUGGUUGGGGGUGGGUACUCCAGGAGCAAUGAAGGUUACUGAUUUGCCGCUUCUUCUUGUGGGAUAUGGAUUUGGAGCUUCAUUUGUUGCACUUUUUGCUCAGUUGGGAGGUGGAAUAUUUACAAAAGCAGCUGAUGUUGGCGCUGAUCUAGUUGGGAAAGUUGAGCAGGGUAUACCAGAAGAUGAUCCCCGUAAUCCGGCUGUCAUAGCUGAUUUGGUUGGAGAUAAUGUUGGAGAUUGUGCAGCUCGAGGUGCUGAUCUUUUUGAGAGCAUUGCUGCUGAAAUAAUUAGUGCCAUGAUUCUUGGUGGCACCAUGGCACAACGCUGCAAAAUUGAAGAUCCAUCGGGUUUUAUUUUGUUUCCUCUUGUUGUCCACUCAUUUGACCUGGUGGUUUCAUCUGUUGGAAUCUUUUCUAUUCGUGGCACACGCGAUCCUAAAGUAAUUGGUGUUGAGGAUCCCAUGACAAUUCUACAGAAAGGAUACUCUGUUACAAUAUUUCUUGCAGUUCUGGCAUUCGGACUGUCAACAAGAUGGUUGUUGUACACAGAACAAGCGCCUUCUGCAUGGUUCAAUUUUGCUCUAUGCGGUCUGGUUGGAAUAACUACAGCUUAUGCUUUCGUAUGGAUUACCAAGUACUAUACGGAUUACAAACAUGAGCCAGUACGAACUCUGGCUCUGGCUAGCUCUACAGGGCACGGGACUAACAUAAUUGCUGGAAUCAGCUUGGGUCUGGAAUCAACAGCACUUCCAGUUCUCGUCAUAAGUGUAUCUAUUGUUUCAUCAUUUUGGCUUGGUCAUACUUCAGGAUUGGUUGAUGAAUCUGGAAUUCCAACCGGUGGAUUAUUUGGUACAGCAGUAGCAACCAUGGGAAUGCUUAGCACUGCAGCUUAUGUGCUCACUAUGGAUAUGUUUGGUCCAAUUGCUGAUAAUGCAGGUGGAAUUGUAGAGAUGAGCCAACAGCCACAAAGUGUUCGGGACAUCACUGAUUUGCUUGAUGCAGUUGGCAAUACAACUAAAGCUACUACAAAAGGAUUUGCCAUUGGAUCUGCUGCGCUUGCAUCUUUCCUUCUUUUCAGUGCUUAUAUGGAUGAAGUAUCUGCAUUUGCCCGUGUUCCUUUUAACCAGGUUGACAUAGCCAUUCCAGAAGUCUUUGUUGGUGGAUUGUUGGGGUCUAUGCUUAUUUUCUUGUUCAGUGCAUGGGCAUGUUCAGCAGUGGGAAGAACAGCCCAGGAAGUUGUGAAUGAAGUUAGAAGACAAUUCAUUGAGAGGCCUGGAAUUAUGGAUUACAAAGAAAGGCCAGAUUACGGUCGUUGUGUAGCCAUUGUUGCGUCUGCAUCUCUGAAAGAGAUGAUAAAACCGGGUUUACUGGCUAUCGUUUCACCUAUAGUUGUUGGUUUUGUUUUCCGAAUAAUAGGAUAUUAUACAGGACAACCUCUAUUAGGUGCGAAAGUUGUUGCUUCUAUGUUGAUGUUUGCAACAGUUUCUGGAAUUCUGAUGGCUCUUUUCCUAAACACUGCUGGUGGUGCAUGGGAUAAUGCUAAGAAGUAUAUCGAAACAGGUGUCCUUGGUGGAAAAGGCAGUGAAUGUCAUAAAGCUGCAGUCACAGGAGAUACAGUUGGUGACCCAUUUAAGGAUACAGCUGGACCUUCAUUGCAUGUCUUGAUCAAGAUGCUUGCUACUAUAACUCUGGUCAUGGCUCCUAUUUUUCUCUGAUGACGAAAACCCAUCAACUUAACCUUUUACAUAAUAUCGAGCAUCCAUGAAUGCAGAAGAAGAAACAUGUAGGUGGUUAGAGAGAUCCUGAGAUUUUGAGAUAGAUAAUGUGAGGUUGAGAUUUUAAAGUGAGUUUGAAAUUUAGCAUGAACAUCCCUGCCUGCAUCGAAUUCUCCUUCUUCUACCCUGUGAAUUCUUCAAUCUUUUACUUGAUUUAUGGAUCAUUUUUCUUAUAAAUGGUUUACUAAACUUAUAAA